AUGGAAAGAAGCUCUUCUCAAUACGAUUACCUUAUAAAGCUCUUAGUUAUAGGAGACUCAGGAGUUGGCAAAACCUGCUUUCUGCUCCGAUUUUCUGACGACAAUUUCACUUCAUCACAUUUGACUACAAUUGGCAUAGAUUUCAAACUAAAAACAGUCGAUGUUGAAGGUAGCAAAAUAAAGCUACAAAUUUGGGAUACAGCAGGGCAAGAGCGGUUUAGAACCAUAACUCAGUCUUACUAUAAAGGAGCAAUGGGGAUUAUCUUGAUAUAUGAUUGCACAGAUGAAAACUCCUUUAACAAUAUCCGCAACUGGAUGCAGCAAAUAAAGACCCAUUCUAGUGAAAACGUGGUAAAGAUACUUGUUGGAAAUAAAUGCGAUAAGCCAGACAAAAAGGUCAGCACUGAGCAAGGGGAAGCACUGGCAAAGGAGCUUGGAGUUAAAUUUUUUGAAGCUAGCGCCAAAAGCAAUGUUAAUGUAACUGAAGCUUUCUAUCAUGCUGCUAAAGAAAUAAAGGAUAAAGGGUUUGGGCGAGAUUUAGGAGCAGUAAGAUUUGUCCCUGCUAAGAAACCAGCUUGUGAUAACUCUAAAAAAGCUUGCUGUGGCUAA